AAAGUGGCAUUAAGAAAGAGAAAGAAGAACUUGUAGGAAAAGAACUCGCCGAAGCCGAAAGAGAUGUGACAAAUAUUGGUGAACAUUGUCAAAAUGAAAUUAAAGAUGAAAAGAAAGUGUUAAGAAGGCCUUUUAAGAUCGUGGAAAAGAAAUUUGAACCUGAUGAGGAUAAAACCGAUGAUGGUAUUAAUGAUAAUGAUGAUAUGAUAUAG